AUGGCUAUAUUGAUUGAAGACAUUAGAACUAUACCCGGAAUAAAAGCAGACAAUGUAGAAAUGUGGUCUUUGGAAGAAAAUAAGGGAAUUAAAGAAAAUGAGGCGGGAAUUGAAAUUAAUCAAUUUGAAGAAAAUAAGGAUAUUGGAUCUACUAAUCUCGAAAAAAAAUCAAAAAAAGAUCAUAACAAUAGUAAUAACAAUAUGCGGAUAGAUUUGAAUUUAAUAGGCUACAUAUCUGCACCUGUCAAAGCAUGCAUAGUUUUGACUUUUCUAGGCAAAAAUUAUGAUAAAAUCACGACUGAGAUGUUAUCAUGGAUCAUCAUUCUUUCAAUAGUAAUAUUAAUCAGUUUGUUAGGAACAUUCAAGUAUGCCCUUGAAAUGGAAGGAAAAAAUAAAUGGAAAAGAUUUUUGCAAAGAUAUAAAUACAAUGAUCAAGAUGAUAACCAUGAACAACAUAAACGGAACAAUUACGUUUGGAUUUUCUCCAAUAAAAAAUUGUCAACUUCCUCAACUUCCUCGUCUCAACAACCAAAACAGUCGAAACACUCAAAACCUUUUGCGGUUUUUAAAAAAAUGCAGUUUCAUUCAUCUGCUGUUGGGCAACAUGCAACCAUCACUAACAAUUGCAAUGACAAUGAUAAUGGUGCAGUUAUAGAGCCUUUCAUUAACCUUGCUGAGAAAGCAGUUUAUAAUUUUCUUGUUAAAAACGAACGUAUUAUUCCUUUAGAAACUGUUAAAGCAUUUGUGGCUAAACAAUGUUCUCCUAUUAGCAGAGACUUUUGUAAUGCAGAUCUACUAUGCAUGCUAAACUUUAUCCUAGAAAACAUCAACAUUUUCUUAAAAGAAUCUGUAUUCCAUGGUCAUUGGAGUGACCAUGCACUCCAAGAUGUUGCUAUCUUAGCUUGUGAAGUUAUCAUUUGUUUUGGCAGAAAUUAUGAAGAAGCCUUUGCCAGCAAGGAAAAUGUUGAUAAUGAAAUAAUUAAACGAUGGAUUGAUAAGGCUUCACGAAAAAGGAAAUUGGAUGAAAUGCUUAUAAUAAUGUUUGAAAUUGAAGAACAUGGAAUUUCUUUGGAAGAAAGUAAAAUGUCAUUGAAUGAACGUGUUAUAAAGGCUAAAAUGUCAUUGAAUGAACGUGUUAUAAAGGCUAGAAAGAUUAAUUAG